AUGGCUGUACAAAACAUACAGUACUAUCAUGGAACAAAGUUUUCUAUAUUUUUCGGAAGCAAUAACACGCAAGAACUAGUCAGUAUUAAAGCAUCAGAUAUUGAUACUUGGAUCAGAAGUGCCAUUUACUCUAAUUUCAAACAUAUACGCAAGGAUUUAGAAUGGGGGGAGGCAUGGUUUUAUGCAUUUUGCGGAUACUCAACUAAAGGUUAA